CACAGCCACAUCCAAACAUGAGUGGGGCGAUACAUCCAAGUAAGUCAACAAUGUGUUUUGAGUUUUAGUCAUAUAUGGAGUGCUGAAAGUGAGAAACCGUUAACAAGACCAUAUGAAUGGGUGUUUGUAGCGACAUCCACAUGCAUGAUACCUUUUUUGUUUUGUUUUCAGCUUUUGCAGUCUGCCUGGCUCUAUGUCUGGCUGGCUGGGCUGUAUCUGGUGCUUCUGUUAAAGGUGAGCUGUUCUCAUGCCUGCCAUGCAUGUGUUCAUUAUGGCCUCAAAAUUUAUGCAUACUGUACUUUGUUUAUACACUCUAAAUAAGUCACCCCCGAUAUUAUGGUUUUUCAAACCAUGUCACAAUUUGGGCAUUUUAAUUCCAUAAAGAUAAUUCCUAUAUUAAAGUGCAGUGAGAUGUAGAGUAAUGUUUUGACCCAGACUGAUCUAAAACUAAGUGUAGUAACUUUGAUAUUUGAUAUUGUCUGAUGAGUGCUCUGUUUAACUAGCCCUCUUCUUCCUGUUGUAUUUAUCUCUCUCUCUUACAGCUCAGAAGACCUCGCCUGUCUGUUACCUCUGUAACGAUAAUAAAUGCCAAACCGUUGAGUCUGUUUAUGACCAUUUUAAGGAUAAUUUUACUCUGUGGUCGAGAGGUAAAAUGGCUGAAAUCCCUCCCUGCAACACCACGUCCCCACUGCCAUCUGGAGAAUGCUUGGUGUGUGUUGACAACCAGAAGAUCUACGCUGUGUGUGACUCAGAGAUCAUCAAGCCAGUCUUUGAGGGCCAAGACAACUCCAUGCCUGCCAUUGAAGCCAGUGAGUUUCUGUGAGGGCCCAUGACAGUACAGCCUGGGGAAGAGGAUAGUCAAUAGAAGGAACAAACAAAGCAGAUUUCAGGAAAAUUGUCAUAGGUGUCAAUUAUUAAUGCUAUUGGAAGGUGUAGUUUAUUAUAGAGCAUGGUGUAUCCCUCUAUAGCAGUGAUAUAAACCAGUCACUGCUAUGAGCAUUUCCCAGCUGAUCCAGCCCUCUGUUGUUGUAUGAAAUAAUUCCUGUACUGUCAUUACAGAUUGGUCCAGCAUUGUUUCAACUAACCAUUCCUGUACUGUCAUUACAGAUUGCACCAGCAUUUUUUCAACUGAUGGGACGGGUGAGUGCCAUUCAAUAUUCAAACUGUAUUUCAAACAAAACAUAUCUUAUGGUAAUUUUACAUUACAAGAGCAAAUUCCAUAACACAGAGAUCAGCAGUCUGGGUAUUCUAAGUGUGUUUGUCUUUAACAGGUGGAUCUGGAGGUUUAGCCAGGCUUCCUGGUGAGUGCAGAAACCCACAGAACAGCAAUGCUCAGCUCAAGAUCGUGUGCACCAAGAAUAAAGAUACAAAUUCUGAGUUCUUGCUCGUGUUUGAGAGAGACUUUGUUGUUGUUCAUCAAGGAAAUUCUACAUAUCAAAUCUGAAGAUCAGCAAUGUGUAGUAGUGUAUAACAGCGUUAGAUGAUGAUGAUGAUGAUGAUAAUUGAUUUUCUUUGUGUUCAACUGCUCUCUCUGUCCUCCUCUCCCACAAACAGAUCCAAAUGCCCCCACUUUGACCCCUGAUGGCACUGGCAGGUAUAUCACUAUUGGCGUGCUAGCCCCAAUGGCCUUCCUCGUCAUCCUCUUCAUCAUCGUUGCUUUGUGCAGAUGGACCAGAUCAAGUAAGCAGGCGGGGGCGGGGAUACAGGGUUUACUGGCUAAACAUUUCCCUCUCUAUAGGAGAAUACAGGUUUAACACGUGCUUUGCUGGAUUUUAUACAGUCACUUAGCUGUCUUUUUAUACAGUCACUUAGACUGGGCACCUGACAGUUUGUUGCCUUCUGCUUCUAAGCUGAGCUGUAUGACUAAAAUAUACAGUAUAUUAUCAUUGUUGUGCUCUCUUUUGGCAGAUGUAUUUGACUGGUCUUUUUUCUUGUGUUUGUCCAGUGUCCACUUCAGAAGUCCACUCAGAGGAACACCAGACCCAGUUAAAGUUAUUAGAGGCAAAGGUUGAAAUUGUGUGAGCCAAGGAACAGAAGAAGAGCUGGACCUGCAAGGAGGGUGUUAAGAUGUGAACAUCUCAGAUAUUUUUCUAACAUGGUGAAUGUUGUCUAGUUCCUAUUCAAACCUAUGGUUUAACUUGAGGAAACAGUAAGCUCUAUUAGAAAGCCGGGUUGUUACAGUUUGAUAGCUUUAACUCUGUUCAUUAGCAACAGGGGGAUUGAGUCUCUUGGGUUUCCUAGGGUCAGGAAGUAAAGUCAUGUAGAGGUCUCUGUGACAAGUUUGCACAGAGGGACCUGCCUUUCCAUAGAGUGGUAGGUCAAACUAUUUGGACGCUACAGACGUUUACGUGAUAACACCGAUUUUUGGGAUGUCUCAUGG